GCAAACCAAGGCAGACCAACAGGCAGAUACAGGCAGACAACAAUAAGAGGAGCAAGAGGAAGCAAGUGCUGUCACGUGUUGCGUGUUUAUAUAUUGAUUUAUUCAAGUAUUUCACAACGACAUAAAUCAAUCAAUCUUCGAUCUCGCGCAUACGGAGUAGCGGAAAACAAACGAAGAGAUUCUAUUCUGCAGGAUAACACGCAGUAUGAGUGAUUCCGAUGACGACGGUUCCGACAGUAGUAACGAUUUCACUGGUAUCACUCCGAAGGACGAGCUGACAGCGAGCUUCUUCCAGAUAAAACCAGUGACAAAGUCCAAGCUCAAGGUAGACUCAAAGAGUGGCAGUGAGGAGAGCAGCGACGACGACAAUUUCACGAGUGUUCCUGAGAAUGGCAUCGAGCUGUUCUCGGAAGUGGUGAGGAAUCUAGAAGCCACGCAGAGGUUCCAUGUCAACAAUCAGGAGUCCGAGCAGCACUCGUCCAAGGACGAUGCUGCGCAGGUCAAGAAAGUCAAGACUGAAAAGAAGCGUAGAGACAUAUCUGAUGAGAUAAACGCGGUUUUACUGCAAGGAGAAAGUGGAGCUUUCCACAAGGAUGAUGAAGACACGGAUGACGAUGUACAGGAACCAGAAGAUGUUAAACGGCCAGACGAUUAUUCCAUACCUAAGGAAGGUGUAAAGAUAACUCUGCCAGGCACGAGUAUGAUCUUCAAGAAAAAGCCAGGAAAGAAGGAAUCGGACCUAGCUGCGAUUCUACGAAGGAAACUGAAGGCCAAUCAGAUAAUAGUAGAGAAAACGGCUCGGGUGUGUUGGCUAGCAUAUGGAUUCUACCUGAACUGCCAAGCAAAUGACCCUGAAACGAUGGCAACAGCGAUCUCCCUUAUGUCGAUAAAGGAUUACCCAAAAAAGAAUUUUGAUUUGACAUAUCUAGCAAAGUUUACAAGGUGGUUCAGGAAUGUAUUCACAAUAGAAUCCAGUCAUGGUGAAGUUAUCAUAAAUAAGGAAACACUGUUAAAAAGUAUAGAGGAGAAAAAGAUUCACAAUUAUAGGGAAUUAGUAAUAUUGUAUGUGGCAAUACUGAGAGGUAUUGGUUUACAUUGUCGCUUAGUAGUAUCUCUCAACCCACCGCCUGUAAAACUGUUCAACGAGCUACUGCCUAAAGCUAACACAGCUAAGAAAAACAAUGGAACUAAGAAAACUGCCAAAGAAACGAAGCCAGAUACUAAGAAACCAAAUUCAAAGAAAGAUCUCACAAAUAGCAGCGCGAUUCCGAAUAGCAAAAGUGCGCAGAGAAUUGCUAAUCUAGAAGCGAAGAAGAAGGCCGCGGAAAUUCUCCGUUCCAAGUAUUCAUAUGAUAAAAAGCGUAAAGACAGGUUAGAUAAGGAUAAGGAAUUAGAUAAGGAAGAUACAAGCGUCCAAAGUGCUUCCACCUCGAAGAAUGUGAAAGCAGCUUCCACAAGUUCAAGUAAAGCAGCUACCACUUUAUCCUCGAAACGUUUAAGGUCCAGUAAGGCACAUAAUGUCGCAACGAAACGAGAGAAUGAUAUUGGUUCAGAAGGUAAUCGAUCUAAAGCGAGUCGUUCCAAAAGACGAUCUCGAAGCAGUAGCUCCAGCUCGAGUUCAGGAGAGGAAAAGGAAAAAUCAUCCAACAAAUCAAAACGGAAACGUGCUGACAAGGAGACAGUUGUUAAAUCCAGAGGGAAAAAUGUGAAAAAGGAAGAAGCGACGGAUGACGAAGAAGAUGACAAUAAUGACAAAUUGAAAAAGAGACAAGAUGUAUGGGUCGAAGUGUAUGUGGAAUCCAAAAAUAGUUGGAUAUGUGUAAAUGUAUUAGAUCCCAAUGUAGACUGCGUGGCUGAAAUAUACUGUGUGCAUGUAAUGUUUCAGAAAAAAGCGAGUAAGCCAGUAUUAUACGUAAUAGCAUAUAACUCGGAGAGGCUAAUAAAGGAUGUCACAAGACGCUAUUGCCCGCGGUGGCUUUCUGUUACGCGUAAACAGCGCAUUGACGAGAAAUGGUGGACCGAAACGUUAAGUUACUGGUUGGAAAGAGAGACUGCCAUGUCCAGACAGGAAGAUGAAUUGCUUCUGCAAAAGGAAUUGGAACAGCCGCUGCCGAAAACCAUUAGCGAAUGCAAAGGACAUCCCUUGUACGUGCUGGUCAGGCAUUUACUCAAAUAUGAAGCCCUGUACCCACCGGAUUGCGUACCGCUCGGGCAUUUGAAAACCGGCGAAGCGAUCUACUCGCGAUACUGCGUACACACGCUGUGCUCGCGGGAAACCUGGCUGAAGAAGGCUCGAGUAGUUAAGCCGAAACAAGAUCCCUACAAGAUAGUCAAGGCACUGCCAAAAUAUGACAAGCUUUCAGGUAUGCGGCUGAAGGACUCUGCGCUAGAACUGUUUGGAGAAUGGCAAACCAUGGACUACGAGCCGCCAGAGGCUAAGAACGGCAUUGUGCCUCGCAAUGAAUACGGAAAUGUGGAUUUGUUUAAGAAAUGUAUGCUUCCGAAGGGCACAGUACACAUAAAUCUUCCAGGAUUGAAUCGCAUCGCCCGAAAAUUGAACAUAGAUUGCGCGACCGCUGUGGUGGGUUUCAAUUUCGGUUGUAUGGGCGCCGUGCCAGCCACUGAAGGCUUUGUUGUAUGCGCCGAAUACGAAGACACGUUACGAGACGCUUGGGAAGCGGAGCAAUACGAGGCAGCUAAACGCGCCACCGAGAAAAGGGAGAAAAGGAUUUACGGCAAUUGGAAAAAGCUCAUUAAGGGUUUGCUCAUUAGAGAGAAGCUGGCACAAAAGUACGAGUUUCAGGAAGACUCGAAGCAGUCGGAGCAGUCGAACAAACGUCCAAAGCAACGAAAAACCAUUGUAAAAAAAUCCAAGACGUGAUACAGCAUAUCAUGAAGUAUCAGAUUACGUCUCGCCCCCUGAUGAAGCGGAUUAAAAUGUUAAAAUGUCGAAACGAGAAUUAAAGUGACAGAAAAUGCGGCUUCAAACUUCUUACCCAAUAACCAAACUUGAUAACAUACUUUAAUGUUUAUACAGAUCACAUGUCUGAUACCAACAAUAUCAAGUUAAGCUUCAUUCCCAAAAUUAAAUAACGUUUGGUAUUUAUAGCCCGAUUUGUUUGAAUAUUGUAUAAUUGAUUGUGCUGUGAACAUUUUUUGUAUGAAUUAAAUUAUUUUUGUAAUA